CCCUCUCUCUGCCCCAGCCCUUCAAAACCCGGGAGCACCGCGGGUCCCCCGGAGAGGAACAGGGCAGAGCAGGGCGGGAGAGAGAAGGAGAGGCAGAAGUGGCACCGCAGCGGUGGAGGGCGAGGGCUCGGAACAGAGCAGGAGAUCGGGGAUACCCAGGGCCAGGGGCGUGGGCAGCCGCCGUGCCACAUCGAUGUUGGCUGCCGGCGGGCAGCGGGAGGGAGGCGGCAGGCGGCCCGGGACCCCGAGGAGCAGCCCGGCUCCCUGGUGAUGGCAUGGACCGGCCGCUGCUCCCGCAGCCUCGCCCAGCCCCGCUCCUGCUCCCGGCCAGCCGCCCCCCGAGCCCAGGCGCGACCGAUGCGGAGCCGCUCGUAGCGACCCAGCCAUGGCUGGAGAUUCCCGGAUCUUCAUGAACCAGGACAUGGACAUUGGGGUCACAUCCCGGGAGCCCAAGAAGAUCCCCAAGCAGGCUCGGGAUGACGUCCCCAUCGCCACAGACAGGACCCGGCUCAUUUCGGCUGAGGGCAAGAAGCCCCGGCAGCGGUACAUGGAGAAGAGCGGCAAGUGCAACGUGCACCACGGGAACGUCCAGGAGACCUACCGGUACCUCAGCGACCUCUUCACCACCCUGGUGGACCUCAAGUGGCGCUUCAACCUGCUGGUCUUCACCAUGGUCUACACCAUCACCUGGCUGUUCUUUGGGUUCAUCUGGUGGCUCAUCGCCUACAUCCGGGGAGACCUGGACCACCUGGAGGAUGAGAACUGGAUCCCCUGCGUGGAAAACCUCAGCGGAUUUGUAUCUGCCUUCCUGUUUUCCAUCGAGACAGAGACAACCAUCGGGUACGGCCACAGGGUCAUCACGGAGAAGUGUCCUGAGGGCAUCGUGCUGCUCCUGGUUCAGGCCAUCCUGGGCUCCAUCGUCAACGCCUUCAUGGUGGGAUGCAUGUUCGUCAAGAUCAGCCAACCAAAGAAGAGGGCGGAGACCCUCAUGUUCUCCAACAACGCUGUCAUUUCCAUGAGGGACGAGAAGCUCUGCCUCAUGUUCCGGGUUGGGGACCUCCGCAAUUCCCACAUUGUCGAGGCUUCCAUUCGAGCCAAACUGAUUAAGUCCAAACAGACCAAAGAAGGAGAGUUUAUUCCCCUGAAUCAAACGGACAUCAACGUGGGAUUUGACACCGGAGACGACAGGUUGUUCCUGGUGUCCCCUCUCAUCAUCUCACAUGAGAUCAAUGAGAAAAGCCCCUUCUGGGAGAUGUCCCGCACCCAGCUGGAGAAGGAGGAGUUUGAGAUUGUGGUCAUCCUGGAAGGAAUGGUGGAAGCCACAGGGAUGACUUGCCAGGCUCGCAGCUCCUACAUGGACACCGAGGUGCUGUGGGGACACCGCUUCACCCCCGUGCUCACCCUGGAGAAGGAUUUUUACGAGGUGGACUAUAACAGCUUCCACAGCACCUAUGAGACCCACACACCCGUGUGCUGUGCCAAGGAGCUGGCCCAGUCCCGCCGGGAAGGGCAGCUCCUCGGGCCCCUCCCCAGCCUGGGCCGGGACACAGGGACAGCCAGGGAGGAUGAGGAGGAUGAGGAGGAGGAGGAGGAGGAGGAAGGCAGGGAGCCGACAGGACUGAGUGGAGCCAACGGGACAGCGGGAGAGGGGAAGGAAGAGGUGCCUGUAUGACCCCGGAGCCGCUGGAGCACAGCCCCCACACCCUGCUGGGACACUGGACUGGCCAGCCAGGAACCCCCUGGGAGCCAGAGCUGGGAUUCCUGUCCUGCUGCUCAUCCUGGGAAUCACUGCACUGCGCCGUGCCUCAGGUCCCCUCAAUUUCCUGAGGCUCUGAGCUUGCCCUCCUCUGCAAAGCAUCUUGAUCUCCAUGGACAAGGCCCACUCUUCUCAUCACUGUCAGAAGUGAAAUUCCCACUGCUGGUUGUUUCAAAAGGUGUUCACUGGACAUGCAGAACUCUGCCCCUUUUGCCAGGGGGUUUGAC